UCCGUCUUGUGUUAAAGCUGUUUACCUUGACACUGUUAAAAUGGUUUAAAACAAAUACGUUUUUGUCGUCACCAGAAGACCGAAACAUGGAGAAGUACGAACAGGUGUUGUGUUUGGGCAGGGGAGGAGCUGCGGAAGUGUUCCUGAUGAGGCACGUAGAGAGCAAGAGCCUGCACGCUGUGAAAAGGAUAAAGGUAGAGAGCACAAGGACGGCAAACACACAGAGGACAAUCCUGCAGGAGGCGGAGAUCAUCAGGAGUUUGCAGCACCCUCAUGUAGUCACAUGCAGCGAUGCCUUUGUCAGCUCUGAUGGAUUCAUUUACAUUGUGAUGAACUACUGCGAUGGUGGGACACUAGAUGACAAAGUGAAGGAGAGGAAACCAAAGGAGUUUUUCACAGAGGACACUGUAAUGGGGUGGUUUGUUCAAGUUGCUGUGGCUUUGAAUUACAUACAUACAGCUAAGAUACUACACAGGGACAUCAAAACAUCAAAUGUACUGCUAACAAAGCAAGGCAUGGUGAAGCUAGGGGACUUUGGGAUAUCUAGAGUAAUGACCAACACAGCUGACAUGGCCUCCACAUGUGUUGGGACACCAAGCUAUCUCAGUCCUGAGCUGUGUCAGGAUGUCCCGUACAGCGCCAAGUCUGACAUCUGGGCUCUCGGCUGUCUGCUGUAUGAGAUCUGUGCUCUCAGACCUCCGUUUGCAGCUUCCAACCUGCUGAGUCUGUUCUACAAGAUCACCAAAGGAGAGUUCGAUCCAGUGCCCAACAUCUUCUCUGAAAACAUCUCCUCUUUGAUCCAGACAAUGCUCUGCCUCAACCCAGAAAACCGACCAACGGCUGUGUGUAUACUUAACAGUGCCUGUGUGCAAGAUCAUCUAAAGUCUAUCGAAAAUACACAGAGUGACUGUGUUCCUGUGAAGAGUGGUGACAAUAAUAUAGCAGGACAAGAGCACAACAUUGAGGAGGAACAUCAUCAUGAUUUGUGUGUUGGAGAGCACAACCGCUGUGACUGCCAGUAUCCCGAAGACUUUGAUGAGGAUGAAAGUUUGUCCUCUCUUGAGGAGUGCAGUGAUAACUCUGGGUCGACAAUGAGGAGCGAAUCAGCUGAGCCCAUUGUAUUUCCUGAUGCCUCAGAGCCGGUUGAGUAUCCGGAUGACUUUGAGGAAGCAGAUUUGGAAGAAGAAGAGGAGAAUGAAGCGGCCUCAGUUCACGAAGCAGCAGAGGAGGAGUUUCAGCUCUGUGACGCUGGAGGACUGACCAUCACACUGAAAGCACUGAAAGAAAAGCUCUAAAGGAGACAACCAAUGUGGAAUAAAGUGACCAUAGCAGGCUGAACAGCGCUAUAUCUGACGAGUGCCUUGUUCGUGAAGUAUUUCAUGCAGUUGCUGUCAAAAGAAGACACCAGACCCUUUAUGUUCAAGAGACAUCAGCUGAAAUAGGACUUUUAAACACUUGGUGGGGCUAGAGAGGAAAAAUUAAGUCCUACUCAGUGUGGGUUGUCACCAGACGGUUCCUCAAUGAUGUGUCUGAUAAGCGCCAUAAGCAGUAGGGCUGAUGUUGAAUGAAUGACGUGACUGGGUAAUUCUAAAAAUAGGAAGCCAUUUUGAUAUUCAACAAAAGCUUGUACAGCAUCUCAAAUCACUUUCAUGUUAUAUUUUGAUGGUAAAAAUAGCAGUUUCUUAAUUUGUAAACUACUUAAAGCACAUCAUAUUCAGACCUUUCUUAAUAUUAGGCCUAUUACUUAUCCCAAUAUUUCAUACGAUAUGUGUUAUACUCUCUCAACUUUUCUCGUUCAGUGUUUUGAUAUAGUUUUACACUAUUUAAAAUGUAAUGACUUUUCAGGGUUUAUCUUUGCCUCAAAAUGUGAUUAAAUCACAAUUUGUGUACAACUAUGCCGAUAAAGGACGUAUGUGUUGUCCACAUACUGUACGUGUUAUGACACCGAAAGGUUGUACAAUUAAACUUGAGACAAAAACUAAGAUGAAUACAAUAUUAAGAAUCUGAAAUACACACCACAGUUGACUUUAAACUAAAGGCACACCUACUUAACAUGGGUUUGCUUAAAUCAAAGAACAAUCAAAUUGUUUUUUAGUAUUUAAUCAAAAACAAGAAAUCCUCUGAGAUUAAAAUAUAUUUUUCAAUCAGCUGAUCAGUUGGGGGGUUAACAGUGUUACCUUCACCUCUCCACCUGUCCUCCUGUCUCUCCCUGAGGGGAUGGCCCCAGUCCCAUUGUAUGGUAUAACAAAUGAGUGACAAAUUAAAAGAAAACAAUAACAUGAAGUGUCUUUUAAGGUAUUCUGUUACCCACCAGAAAAGCGAUCUGGUGACUGAUUUACAAAACCUUAUGAGACCUUCCAGUGACCCCCGGUGCUCCGUUUGUUCAGGCUUUGUUAUGUUUCUCCAUUCAGGUUUAACGUGACACUUCACUGGAGCUACUUGCUGACAAAAAAAGAAAAACAGAGAUGUUUCUAAUGUUGUGCAUUGCAAGCAAUCCUCCAUUCUAUCUGCGUCAGUAACACAAAAUGGUUUCUUUGAAACAGGAGCAUAUUAGCAUGAUGACACAGCAGAAGGUGUUCAAUGUAGAAAAUGUUAAGAGGGCACAAACCCUCUUGUGUAUCAUCACUAACAUGUACGUGUUUUCGAGUCAUAAGUUCCCUUCAUUCGUUAUGAAAGGGAUAAUGCUUUUUUGGUUAAUUUGUUUCCUAAAGCCAUCUCUGAAAGUGUGCAUGAUUCAUACACAAAUACACUCACUUUUUCAUUGUCGGCAAGUAAGCUACCUUGCACUUUGUGACAGUGGUAAACAGGAUUGCAAGGUUGUAAAGCGUAAUUCACAGGAGUGCCAAGCUCUAGGAUGAAUGUUGUUUCAACGGAAAUGUGCGAAUUUUUAUCUACACGCCAUCUCUCAUGGUGUUGACCAAAGUUAUUCCCCGCAUGUAGUCAGCAGUCUUAGUCUCACCCACAUUACAUUCUGGUCCCAAUCUAAGAAAAAGUCACACAUGUUUAUCUUUCCAUGACCCGAUGCUUUGUGAUCUCACACUCUAUCACUUAGCAGAGAAUCAGCUUUCCUUUGUAAAUGUCUAUUACGGUCACGGACAAAUUGGGUGAAAUGUUUCCCAAUUCAACAGAAAGUCAAACCCCUUAUGAGUGUGAGACUGCGCAAGCAUUUGUUUGUCCACCACCAUCACUGUGGCUUGAUUACUGAACAGGUCCAAGAGAGGGGCUUUUGAGGCAUAAGUGCUCAGUGGCCCAUUAUCUCCUACCAUCGGCUAACCUAUUGUCUGAACACCACUUGUUACUGUACCAUUUUCAUUA